CCUGGUCGCGCUGGUCGACUGAUCCAUCUCGACGUCGUCACUCAGCCAAACGCUCGCCAUGUCCGCCCCGCGCCUCCUUCGAGUAGGGUGGCACCGCGAACAUUUCCUUUCGCCUCUCCUCCAGCUCGUCGCCAAGGAUGCUGGCAAAUCUCUGCAGCUUGUGGAAUGCCCCGGUGGUACCGGCGAGAUGCAGGUCAAGCUCAAGAAUGGCGAAAUUGACGUGUGCAUUGCUCUUACGGAUGCCCUCAUUGCUGGCCUGGCGAACGGCAAGACGGACUACAAGCUCGUAGGACGUUACAUUUCCUCGCCGCUACGCUGGGCUAUUAUCACUGGAAAGGAUUCCAAGUACACUGAGGUGGACCAGCUCAAAGGCACGACAUUUGGCAUCUCGCGUCUCGGAUCUGGAUCGCAGGUUAUGGCUUCAGUACUCAGCCUGCAGCAGGGCUGGGGACCGGACGAGCAGCCCAAGUUCAAGGUCAACGGUCAAUUCAAGCCGCUUCGGGAUUCGGUCAAUGCUGGCGACACCUCUGUCUUCCUGUGGGAGUGGUUCACGACCAAGCCGUACGUGGACUCGGGUGAGGUCCGUUUUAUUGGCUCUGUAUACACCCCUUGGCCGUGCUGGUCCAUCGCAGCGGCGCCCGCCGCGGAUAAGGAGGCUGUCAAGACCUUCCUCGCAGAGUUGCAGCCACACGUCAUCGACUUCGACUCGGAGGCAAGCCGUGCUGGCCCUGCCAUUGAAUUCGUGGAGAAGACAUUUGGACAGCAGCGCGCGGACAUCGAGGAAUGGCUCAAGACGGUGAAAUGGGAGCACCGACUUGGUGAGGUCAGUGAGGCAGUAGUGCGCAAGACGCUGGGUAUGCUCCAAGAGGCGGGAGUCAUCCCGAAGGAGGGACAGCAGUGGGAUCUGGAGACAUUUGUCGACACCUCAGUCGCCAAGGUAGUGGAGUAGGCAUGCGCGACUCGUGCGAUGCAUCAGCCAUGCCCCUGGCCCGGCAGCUAUUUCUAGACGCAAGGGAAAGCGGCCGUCGUCGCUGGCGGCGAAGAACGGGUACCGGUGCGACUCGUCGAGGAGGUGAUGCGUGGGGCUAAUGCAACUGGGCAUCUGACCUGUGCGACCUGCGGUGUGGAAGAACUACGUUUCACGGCAACUUUAUACAGAUAGUCAGAUCGCUUUGCUCAUCAGUUACGAUCCUCACCAAUCUGAAGCCGCAUGCGAGACAAUGUAUCUACAACGGCUCAGAUACCUGGCUACACCUCAACGAUUCUUGUUUUCCGCCGAUC